AUAAGUGGGUGAAUUUUUAUUUAAAUUAAGUAGGUACUCUAAAGUUUUGGUGUCGUACAGCGUACUUGUACUUGAAGACUGAUGAUGAUGAGUUUUUAGAAGAUUGAAUUUUAAUAGAAUAUCUUUUAAUUUUUUAAUUAAUUAUUGAUGGAUUGCUUCGUGUAGAUAAUCACAAGUAUUUUUUAUAUCAUGAAAAUUAUUUAGUGUACGCUGACUAUUGAUUGUGUGUGAGAACAAUGUUUGAAAUAAAAGUUUGAAUAUCUCAAUGCAAGUGAAUUUAAUAAUAAUAUAGAUUUGCUAAUUGUGGAGCUGGGUUCACAACAAACCAUGCAAGAUAUAACUUAGACGAAGCAAUUAGAAUGGAUAUAGUCAAUAUGGAUGAGGGUUGGUAUGAGCCCAAGGAAAUUGUGCCAAGCAGUGGCGUUGAUAGUGAUGCUUCAAGUAGUGCUUUUGAGAGCUAUGAUAUGAGUGCACAAACUAGUGAUACAGAUAGACAAUCUGACGAUGAUGAUUUGAAAGAAGAUUUACAGAAAAAUAUACCAGAGUGCUAUAAAUCAGAUUCAAACUUUACUACAUAUAAUAUGUCUACUGACAAUGAUGAGGAAUUUCAAGCUACUGCACUCUGCCAGUUUAUGGACAUUUUGAAUGACUUAGAUGAAGUUUUAGACAAAUCUCUGCUUGCUUGUCUUGAUGAUACAGAGAAAUCAUGUGAUAGUGAUGAAGAUGAUCUAAUAUGUAAGAUUAGAGAAUGUUUUGGUGAGAGAGAGUCACUAGCCCAAUCACAAUCUACAAGUUCUGAUGAUGAUAAUACUCAAGUUGUAUGUGCAUCACAAUUAUUGCCCUCAUCACAAUUAUUAGAAUCUAAUAAUGUACACAGGAGCUCUGUGAAAGCUCAGGUAGCAAGUCUAGGUAGGUCUAAGAGUUUUGCUGAGCUAUCUUCUAACAGUGAAAGACAACAAACAGUACCAAUAUUAGAAAGAGCUAGCACUACAAAUGACAACUUACGAAGCUCCAUGAGAAGAUUGGAUCCCAUAAUACUUCCAGCAAUGGCAGCACAGGAACCACAAACUGAGGCCUUAACACUGCCAGUUAUAUUAUUCUUGGAACAUCAUGUCAAUCUUCGACCUACAAGUGCCCCAAUACAGUUACAAGUUACUGCAGCAAAUCUUAGUCAAGAAAGUGCUUCUGGGCCCUUAAUAGUUGGCCGAAGGACAUUAUUAAUGAAUAGGACACUGUCAUUGCCAUCACCUGGGGAUAGUGAGAUCACUGGAGGUGAUUGGACCAGUCGAAAUACUGCCCGUAGUACAGCAAGAAGUACUAGUGUAUCAAGUUCUUCUUCAGAAUCUUUGGCUGGUGCGCAAAUAGUAAAUCAGAGUCCUUUCAUAGGUACAGAUGAUAGAAAUGAUGAUAUUGAAGAAACUACAUGUGGAGUUUGGCCACACCGAAUGAGUGCAAUGCUGGCAUGUUUCAGUUGUACAGUGGGAAUAUUUAAUAUUUCAAGGUUUGCCAUGUUUAGCGUUCACUUUGGAGCAAGCUUCAUCAUCCAAUUCAGCAUUCUUUCAUUGAUUGCUGGAAUACCACUUUUCACCUUACACCUAUGUUUGGGACAAGUGUUGGAAUCAGGGCCAAUAGACAUGUGGAGAAUCUCACCCAUAUUCCAAGGAGUUGGCAUAUCAUUGUUACUAUCACAAGCUUUUAUUGGAAUCUACAGCAUAAUUGGGCUGUCAUGGAUACUUGUUUACUUUAGAGAUUCAUUUAUAACUGCAGACGAUAAGUACAGAUGGGCCCUACCUCAUGAAUUCGGUUUUGAAGAUUCAGCAAUAAGAAACACUACAAACAGAAUCCAAGAGACAGUGCCCCAGUACUUCCACGGGGAAGUGCUGCAGAGAAACCUGAGUACAAACAACUUCGGUACAAUCAAGUUCCAAGUGGCAUUCAACUUGGCUGUUGUGUGGAUGAUUGUGUUUGUGUCCCUGAGCAAGGGUCUAAGGUCGUAUGGAAAGGCGGUGUACAUGUUAAUAUUCCUUCCGAUCUGCGGUACCCUGGUGCUAUGCACGAAGCUCCUGACAAUGAUACCGUAUGAUAAAGUCACUAACAUAUUCGCCGAGACCGAAUGGAGCGAGUUUUUUGUCAACAGUAACAGCUGGGCGGCGGCCGUGCAAGAGACAUUUCUAACGUGGGGCUUACUGGGAGCCUGUGUGAUGCAGCUGACGUCACACAAGGACCCCAAGCACAGGAGGACCGCGAUGCUGCAGAAGGAAAGCGCCUGUAUCGUCGCGUUUACGUUCGCUGUGCUACUGCUGGGGUCGUUUCUGGCGAACACCUGCAUGCAGAUACUGAAGAACUACGGCUACGUGUAUAUACCUGGCAGUUACGAGACAAUUAAAUCUUCACAAAUUCUUUGGCCAAUAUCCGAGCCUUUACCAGGCAACACUGUAUCGACGCCGGUGCGGUAUAUGGGCCACUACGGCAGCCUUGUGGGAGUCACUGUGUGGAAGUCUGGCAACAUUGGCACAAUAUUGAGCGGCUGGCAACCUUUGGAACUGGCGACUCAUGUUGUUCCCGCAACAUUGGCAGUAUUGCCUUCUAAUGUUCUUUCACCAGCUUGGGCCGUGAUCUUCUACUUCAUACUGAUAAUGUUCGGGCUGGCGCAACAGCUGGCCAUCUGGUACUCCGUGAUCACCGGCAUUGUGGCCAUUAACGCCGAAGCUCUGAGGGUUUGGGAAACCACCAUCACUUUCUUUAGCUGUGUGUUUGGACUCGCCAUGGGGUUGCUACUGUCCACCGAUGCCGGUGUCCGGAUAGUUCAGUUCGCGGACUACGUGGUGGUGGGCGGGUGGUGGCAGUGCGCGGUGCAGGUGUGGCUGGUGGUGGCAGUGUUCGUGGUCCGCGGGCGGCCGUACUCGCCCGAGCGGCUCGUGUCCGCGCUGUACUCCUCGCGCCACAAGCUGGGCGCGAUCGUCGCCGCACUGCUCAGCUUCACGUGGACCGUCGUGCUGCCUGUCUCGCUCUGUGCAAUAUGCGUAAUGGACUUCCGUGUCGGACAGCAACGGCAACUGUACAGCUGGAGGAAACCCACUGGGUACUGGUCGGUGUGGAGCCGGCAGGUGGCGGUGCUGGUGCAGCAGGGUCUGUUGGUGUUGGUGCCGGCGGCAGCUUUCGUCCAGACCUGGCGCUACAUGAGCAAGGGACCCAACGACAUCUUGGAGCGGGUCCAGAACUUGUACCGGCCGCGGAUGGGCGAGGCGGGCGUGAUGGAGGUGCCAGCGCGACGAGCCGGCGGGGGUGACCAGGCCGGGCCCCGGCCGGCCGUGGCUGCGCCCGACCCGCCGCCCAAGUACACUCCGCCGCCGUCCUACUCCACGGCCACCGGGGCCCGCCUGCUCAACACGCUGCGGAGGAGCUUCAGGACUCUCAGGAGAAUAACAUCACAUCGCAGCGAGUACACCGAAGAGUCGGCGCAACUACCGAUCACGCUGAGCGAGAGUGUCGAAAGGCAAACUCACCCGCAACUCGACACGACCUCACGAGUCUCGGUCACCGACGAGACGGACGGUCGGUCGCACGUACCGUCUUCAUCUCACUCGCUCACCACGAGGGAUUUCCUGCGGCGCUCCUUUGUGAGGAAAAGCGAUUCGGCUAAGAGUAUACUUCGGUCGAGUAUGCGGAGCUUCAAGUACGGUAUGAACGGCGCGUUGACGAGCAGUCACGAGCAGUUGGUCCGGGAUGUCGAGCCUAUGUCGAACACGGUCGCCAUGUCGUCCGUAGUAGGGGACGCGGACCGCGCGAGAAGCUUCGCCUCUGUUAUAUAAACAUGUUUAACAUUGAAGUUGAUCGUAAACUGUGGCGGAACAAAAUAAGAACUCACAAUAAAAAGAUUGGUUUUGUUUUUUGAAAUUAUACUUCUAAAAAAAUGCUAAGAGUGAAAUUUUAAGAUGCGCGCAUCACUGUAACAAAAGUAACAGGUUGAGUUGGUUCCUAAUAUUUUCUGACGUUUGCGUCAUUGGUUAUCCUUUAAAUUUUGGAAGUGAAAUAUUAUUAUUGUACAUUUUAUUUCCAAAAUAAAUAUUCAAUAUUUAAAAAAAUGCCGCCAUAGUGAAUGAAGAAUAAAAUAUAAAUGUAGGUUUUUUUUUUAGAUUAACAAAAUGUCUCAAUAUAUUUACAGUGUUGAAAGUGUUUGUUGAUCAGAGGCUAACGGGAUUAACCAUUAACUUAACGAAUUCGUGUAGUUGUUAAUACUAUAAGGUUUCUUAAAAUAUAAGAAAUAUUGUGAGAGUGAAGCCCCGCAAAUUGUUUAUGUACGCGGCCGCCAUUUUUAGUUACGUCAUAACCGGACAAACUUCCAAUAAUCUACAGAGAGACGUUGAAGUCACACAGUCUAUAAUAAGAUAAGUUUCCAGAACGAAAGCAACUUACGGAGAUUAUAUCACAUUUUGGAAUCAUUACAAUUUUUAAACAAUUUUCUGAAAAAAAUAGUCGUGAAAUGCGGAUCGAAUAUUUCAAAUAUCCUGGUGCUUUUAACUAUGAAUAUUUGUCGGCGGCAUAUUAGUCUACUACAAUCAAGGUAACCCCAUGCAUUUUUUUUUGUAUUUUACAUAAUAAACAUUCCUUAGCUUAAGUCUAAGGAGGCCAAAGUCUGACAGGCGCAGACUAAGGCCAUUGUGAAGUGUAAAUGAUCCCGCUUCAUAGUCUAAGAUCCGAAUAGGAAUGACCUUCACCCAAACGUAACCGUAUCAAUGUAUUUUAUAUCAAGUUAUUAUUUAAUUUUUAAGGCUUCAUAUUUUUUUUAUUCUACCUGAACUCUUAAGAGAUCUAUCGAAGACACAACUCUAUGAGACUAAUUAAAAUUAAAAUAAACUUUAUUUCGAUAUAAUGUUCAAUAAUUACACACGAGGAUUGACUUACCAGUUUUAAUACUUUUUUUUUUAUGAAAAUACGGGACGAGACGAGCAGGACAACAACAACAGCUGAACGAUGUUAAUUGAUAUGCCCUGCCCAUUACAAUGUAGUGCCGCUCAGGAUUUUUGAAAAGCCAAAAAAUUCUCAGCUAACGGUAUAUUCUAUAGUAUCUCUCUUUUAAACGAAUGAAUGUAACGUUAAAAAAUAUUUUUUUAUUUUUUGUUAAUUAUAAUUUUUGACAGAACUGUCGACUUAACACAUCCCACUCGCGAUAUUAUGUUUUUGUCAUAAUUAAUUUGAUAUAAAAUACUUUUUAUACAUUAAUCGGAUAAGUGACGGUCACUUUCUAUUCGGAUCCUGUACUAUAGCGCAGUCAUGACACGUCCCGGCAAACGAUAUUUGAGAUCCCAUGUAACGAAUAUGAAAAUAAUAUUGUUUUAAUUAUAUAAUAAUCACAGGUAACUAGAUCUAGAUUCAUUAUAUUGAAAAUGUUUUUACAUCAUAUCGCCUAGCUAUAAUACAUCACAUAUUCAUUAAUUAUCGUCAUCAACAAACUAUCACAACUUGUAAUUAAAUAUAAUAAUUUAAUGAAUAUCUAUUAAGAACAAUUUGUACAAUAAAGUGAAAAAUUUCGCCAAAUCGUUGAUUUAAUUAUUAAAAUCGUCAAGACUGUAGCUGUAUGUUGUAUUUUAACGUAAAAUUUGUAAUUAAUUUUUAUUAAUCACGUUAUAAUAAUGUACCUACUGUGAGUUUCAUCACAACAAUAAUUAUAAUAUAUAUUAUAUAGAGGGUAUUAGUAAUUCAAUUAUAUUUUAAUUGUAUUUUGUUUGUAAGUUCUCUUACAAUAAAAUAAUAUAUAUUAUUGAUAUUAUAUGAAGAAACAUUACAUAACAUCUCAAUAAUUAUUUAAUUUUGUUUAAUGAUUUUAUGUUUUUUAAAAUAGAUCUGUUUUAAGUUUAGAAUAUGCACAUAUAGAAUCUCCCGGUCUCCACUAGACGUGAGGUGUGGGUAGUUGCAUUUUUAGUUAAGUUUUAUCCAGCCAUACUUGUGUUGUUCAGAAAACCAUUGAUAAUAAAUCUGAGCUUAUAAUAUUAAGACCCUAGGGCUAGAAGCUAGUGUUUGAAUGUAAUUUAUAGAAUAGAGAUUGUCUGGUUGAAAUGAUUUUGGUUGAUUAUUAACUAUGAUCAUAAACUUAGAUAAUUUAUACGUCUAGAUAGACUAAGACAGCUGUGAAAACGUUGAAAAAAAUUGAGUGGAGAACUAACCUCUAUUUUGAGCAAUUCACGCACACUAACACAACGUGUCUAACAAAUCUCCAGCUUGUCUCGCAUACUAAAGUAAUAUCGCUGGACUGUUUUUAUCGGUUGUCUAACAGCAAAAGACUAUCUAGAAAUAUAAAUUAUCUAAGAUAAUAAAUUAGAUUGGGUAUAAUAAUUGUUGAAAUAUUGGUGAUUUCAUACAAUUUAAUUGCUUGUAAAAGUCUACAUCAUUGUAGUUACUUUUGGUGAUCAUAUUUUCAUAGUUUUAGCUCGUUUUAGUAUGUGAAAUUAGAUGAUAUUAAUAUCAUAGUUUUUAUAAACUAUACAUGUGAAUGAGUCCAAAUAAACGACAUUAAACAUAUUCAAAAUUAUGAAGUGACCAAAAAUUUCAACAAUUGUAGAAAAAAAACACGUGAUUGUCUACAAAGGUAGUAUUAUUAUAAUUUUAAUCCCUUUUUACUAACAUUUUUAUAUUAACAAAUUGAAUAAGAACAUGUACUUAGGUAUAUUAGACUUUUGUUAAGAGAUAUGUUGUACUUAUUAGGAUUGGGGACGUUAAGUUUUUAUUGUUAUUAGUACAAGUAGAUUAGUUGUUUACGCUCGAGUGCUGCCGAAUGGAUUCCUUUUAUAUAUUUUACCUGAAAUUUGAGUAUCGAGCUAUUCCGAAUGGAAGUGGAUAAUUUAUUACUAAGCAAAGCCCCUUGGCUUGCAUCUAAAAAUCGUGUUCUUAAUAUGUGUAAUUUGACUACAUUGAUAGAUUUUGUAUAGUGUGUAUUUCAUAAAAAUAACCGCUCACAUGCAAGUUGAACUAUCACAAGAUGGUCUCCUUACCACCAUACAAGACAAUAAAACACAAUGAACUUUUGAAAUACUAUCGUGAAAGAAGCUUUAUUGUCAAUUUACAUGGCGGCCAUAUUGGAAGUCGCCAUCUUGUAUUCUAUUAUUUGUUGUUAUAGCGACAAUAGUUCUACACACUGUAUAAAUUUUAGCUAACCACUAACCGGUUUCAUUAUCUCUGGACCUGACGCCGAUGACGUCACUUCGUCGCUUUGUUACGGUGUGCAAAACAAGCAUCAUUAAAUAAUAAUAUCCUAAUUUUAUUAUUAAUAAAUAAACUACGAUUUAUUGUUUCUGUAUUAUUGAUUGAUGUAAAUUAAUAAAAGCAUCUAGGUUAAGUACUUAAAAGUACUUUUUUUUUCUUUUUUUAAAAUUUAAUUUCAUUAUUAAAUUAAAUUUAUUCAAGUCAUUAGAUACACUAUUAAUCUUACAUUAAUCAUAAAAUAAUUAUUCUAAACUUAAACAAUAAAAAUUUGCAAAUUUAAUACGAAUAGCUGCCAAAAUACAAAGAAAAACAUAAUAUUAUAGCUGUGAAGAAUAUAUGAAUGUUAUCACGAGAAAUAAGCGUAAAACGAAAGUAAUUAUAUUAUUAUUCAGACAGAACUAUUAUUGGGACACAAUUGCAUAAACUACAUAACUAUUAACAACAAACGUCGAAACUUAAUCAAUGAAACUAAUAACAAAGCAGUGACAGCUCGAAAAUAUCACACGUACCUAACGGUAGUGAAACUGCAAACCGUACUGAUACAACAGGACGAGCGCGACGGGGUGAAAGGGGGCUUCACGUUCCAGCGAGGUCCAGAAAUAACGCGGAUGAGUGUUGGUACAAAGAUAUACACAUAAUAAUAUUAUUGUGUAAUGGAUAUGCUCUUAGAAUCAGUUUAAAGGAAUUAUUACUACAUAGAAUAUUAAAUAAUAUAGAAGGUGCCUAAAUAUCGAAAUAUUAGCUGAACAAUGUGACACUUUUACUUUGCUUUUCACAGGUUUGGUUUUGUUGAAAAUAUUAAACGUGCAACGAGUGAUGUGUUCCUUCUUGCAUUUAUUAUAAAUUCUAAAUUUGUUAUAAUAGAUCUAGUCACACGCAGCUUCCAUGUUAUUAACAACGCAUCACAUUGUUAAUCUACAUUAAGCACAUAAUUUUUUGCACUUUUGUGUUUUUAUAUUAAUUUUUAAUCUACUUAAUGAUGUAUUUCCACUUAUGAAAUAAAUUUUAUGAUAUUCAAUUUAA